UAACGAUCCCUUAACUGGCUUGCUUGUUUACGUUUCCUUAGCAAUGCUUAACAAUGCUUAGCAAUGUGAAACUGUUUUUCUUUUAUUAAUUGAAAGCUCUUUUUGAUUUUUUUUGUUUAGUGUUUCGUUUUUCAUCAUGAGUGCUCGGGAGGUAAAUAAAGAUUUGGACUGUCCUGGGAUCGAGAAUUACUUUCCAAGAGAAGUUUUUGAUAAUAGUGAAUUUAAAGAAGCCUUGGAACAAUGUGAAAAGUUGAUUACUUGCUUGGUACCCAUGGAGGGUAGCCAUUUGGAUAACAUUGAAAAUGAAGGCUAUUUUUCGAUUGACAUUGCCCAAAUUGAAUAUAUUGAUGAAGAUUUUGCUGUGAAAUUGGUAAACGAUCCGUUAAAUUAUUUCAAGUAUUUAGGACUUGCCACUCAUCUUGUUUACAAACGUCAUAAAGAUUCCGAGGCUGAGGAACGAUCGAGUCAAAUUCAAGCUUUCAAUUUUGAUAAUUUCAGAAGACUGUGGUUUGAAUGUACUGGUUUUACAAAAAUUACACCAAUAGGAGAAAUUUCACCGCCUCAUUAUAAUAAGUUUGUCACUAUUACUGGUACAAUAGCCGCUGUUGGUAAAAUUAGUCAGGCUAUUUAUGAGGCAACCUUUCGAUGUGAAAACUGUGGUUGCCUUCAAUAUGUACUUCAACCUAUGGGCCAGCUACAAACUCCAGUGACUUGUCAUUCCACCAAAUGUAAUGCUCAAUCAACCAACACCGAGAAAUCAUCACGGGGUAAUCCUAUUACGUUCUUUCGUCUUAAAAAUGCCAACAUAAAGGUUGCUUCUCAGAUGAUUAGUGUCAUACAAACUAGAUACAACUCUAAAACAGGCGAAAAGCAAGUUCAUGUGAUUAAAGUUCAGUUAAUCAACCAUCUCAUCGAAAAGUGCUUCAUUAUGGACUCAGUUACCAUAUCUGGAGUGAUUGUUGAACCGAAAAAUAUCGAGGGUACCGGAAUUUGUGGCUUUUAUAUGUUAGCUUCAAGCUUAUCAAUCAAUACUGAGGAUAAAUUUGACUCCAAAACUUUGAGAGCGAUACAGGCGAUAAUAGCUGAACCAGACAUUUUAGGACUUGUAACUGCUUCUUUCUGUCCUUCAGUAUCGUGUAACAACAUGGUUAAACUUGGUGUAUUGCUUUCAUUGAUUGGUGGCCAUGAAUCAGAUAGUCAUGAUGAAGAAGACCCCGUUCCUUAUCGAGGACAAAUUCACACUUUAUUAUUGGGUGCACCUAAUAAAGACAAAAAAGAACUAUUAAAUGCUGCUCAUAAAGUUGCUCCAGUUUCUUCAUAUGCCGAUAAAAAUUAUACACAGAAUUUGGUUUUCGAUGUAAAAAUUGAAAAGGGUGAAGAAGUGCUCAAUGCAGGUCCAGUUUUGCAAGCAAAUAAGGGAGUCUGCUGUAUUGAUGAUUUAGAUGUCAUGAAAUCUCAAUGGAAUCUUAUAAAUGAAAUAAUGGAGAGUCAAAUAUUCCAAGUUGAUAAGAACUCAUUUGUACAUUCAGUUCCUGUGGAAAUUGCCAUUUUUGCUGCUGCUACCCCAGCUGGAGGAACCUAUCGUCUCGAGAAGACACUUUAUGAAAAUAUAAAGAUGCCAUCUGAUAUGUUAAAUCAAUUUGAUCUCAUUUUUCAUUUGGUUGAUGAACCUGAUCACCAAACUGAUCGCAGUUUCACCAAAAGAGUUCUUCAAAACCGAGAAGGUCGAUUACCAUCUAAUAGAUCAACACAGCAAUCUAAUCGAGGAUCAAGUCAAUCACCUACAGACCAAGCUAAUCAAUCUUUGAAAGUUAAACUUGCUUCCCUAGACAAAGAUUCAAUGGAUUUAUUACCCAGGAAACUUCUCACAAAAUAUAUUCAAUUUGUUCGUGCCAAAAUCUUUCCCAAAUUUGACGAAGAAGCUCACGCCACUGUAUUCCGAUUUUACGAAGAAUACCUAGAAAAAACUUAUCGAGGAAUUGUUGGACCAAUUGGACAUCCAAGUGACAACCAGUUAUUGGCAUCGCUGAUGAGAUUGAGUUUAGCUCGAGCAAGGCUUGAAGCAAAGCAAGUUGUAACCAAGCGUGAUGUCCUGGAUAUUGUUGAGUUAAUCAAAUAUACUCGGUCCGAUAUCUUCCCAAAAGACGUCCUUUCACUGAAUAGUCAGUCAAGCCAGUCUUCAGUUAGACGUUCCAUUGAACCGGUUAAUGAAGGUUUAGUUGGAUUAGCAAAUAAACGGUGUCGUUCAUCUAAUGAAAGAUUUGUCCGUUAUCUUGAAGAGUACUUUCACAGCAAUCCAGAAACUGAGUUUACAUAUGAUGAUUUAUGGACAAUAGCACGAAAUGGCCCACCAGUUGCUAAAUUUGAACAAAUGAUCGAAUACCUCAAUCAUCAUGGAUACAUGUUACAAUGUGGUAACAGCAGAUAUCGAUGGGUAACUCGUCGUUAAUCAGAUAAUGAAAUUAGCUUUGAUUACAUAAAAUAAUUCCUUUCUUACAAUGAAAGAUCUGAUAUUAAGAGAUAAUUUAUAGAAACCAGAUAUUCGAUCUUUUUAUUUCUCUCUUGUUAUCUUAUUGCUUUGUACAAUUGAACAUAAUAUGCUUACGUCAUUUAAAUAAAUCAACACAAUUAAGUCUAUUCUUCUAAA